UCGCUGCGCGGCUGCGCACACGUCAUCGCGCAAUGCCGUGUUCCGUCCACGGGCUCCAUUUGGCAUUCGCUGGUGUUAGGCUUCUGCCUCGUUUCGUUCGAUCGGGAACGUGAUUCCUCGUCUCUCUCGCGGGCAAAUUAUUCCACGAAACCUACGCAUUUUGCGCGCCGGCCACGGCUCGGAAAGUAAAAUGACGGAAAACAAGACGGAAUUCGACUGGGGGAACGAAAAGUUACAGCGCGCUCAGAAGACCGUCGACGAAUCAACAUACGACUUGGAAGCAUGGAGCAUACUUAUAAGGGAAGCACAGAACAGACCGAUCAUAGAAGUGAGACCAGUGUUUGAGAAGCUUGUCUCAGUGUUUCCGUCGGCUGGACGUUAUUGGAAAAUUUACAUAGAACAAGAGAUAAAAAUGCGGAACUUUGAAAAGGUGGAAAAGCUUUUCCAAAGGUGCCUCAUGAAAAUAUUAAAUAUUGAAUUGUGGAAACUAUAUCUUUCUUAUGUCAAAGAAACGAAAGCGAGUCUAGCUACGUAUAAGGAAAAAAUGGCACAAGCGUACGACUUCGCCCUGGAUAAAAUUGGCAUGGACAUACAUUCCUACAGCAUUUGGAAUGAUUAUGUCAUGUUUUUGAAGAGUGUUGAAGCGGUCGGGUCAUAUGCGGAAAACCAGAAAAUUAGUGCUGUACGAAAGGUCUAUCAACGAGGCGUCAUUAAUCCCAUGAUAAAUAUGGAGCAAUUGUGGAAGGAUUACAUGUCGUUUGAGCAGAAUAUUAAUCCAAUAAUAGCGGAUAAAAUGGCUAUCGAGAGGUCUAGGGACUAUAUGAAUGCCAGACGUGUCGCUAAGGAAUUGGAAGCAGUUACGAGAGGUUUAAAUCGGAGUGCACCCAGCGUCCCUCCAACUGGUCAUCCCGAAGAAGUCAAACAGGUUGAACUAUGGAAGAAAUAUAUCGCGUGGGAACGCAGUAAUCCUCUAAGAACAGAAGAUACAUCGCUGGUCGCUCGGAGAGUUAUGUUCGCAAUCGAACAGUGUCUCUUAUGUUUGGGACAUCAUCCUGCGGUGUGGCACCAAGCGGCGCACUUUUUGGAGUUGAGUUCGAAGAUACUGACGGAAAAAGGUGACGUGAAUGCGGCAAAGAAUCUCAGUGAUGAGGCUGCUACCAUGUUCGAGAGAGCGACAAACACGUUGUUGUCAAAGAAUAUGUUGCUAUAUUUUGCGCACGCAGACUUUGAAGAGGGUAGAGUGAAAUACGAGAAAGUGCAUCAAAUAUAUCAAAAAUUUCUCGAUAUACUUGACAUAGAUCCUACUUUGGCAUAUGUGCAAUACAUGAAAUUUGCGAGAAGAGCCGAAGGCAUAAAGUCUGCGAGGACAGUAUUCAAACGAGCACGAGAAGAUAUAAGAUGUAAACAUCACGUUUACGUUGCCGCUGCACUAAUGGAAUACUAUUGCACUAAAGAUAAAAACAUAGCAUUCCGUAUAUUUGAAUUAGGGUUAAAGAAAUUUGGAGACAAUCCGGAUUAUAUUCUUUGUUACAUAGACUACUUGUCACAUUUAAACGAGGAUAACAAUACAAGAGUCCUAUUUGAGAGAGUAUUAUCUUCUGGCUCUACCUUAGAGCCAGAAAAAUCAGUAGAUAUAUGGAAUCGUUUCUUGGAGUUUGAAUCUAAUAUUGGCGAUCUAGCUAGUAUCGUCAAAGUCGAGAAGAGACGAAGUGCAGUACUGGAAAAGAUUAAGGAAUUCGAAGGAAAAGAAACUGCCCAAUUAGUAGAUAGAUAUAAAUUCUUGGAUUUAUAUCCAUGCACCCCUAUGGAGCUAAAGUCAAUCGGAUACAUGGACGUUUCUAGUGUGGCUAGAAACUCCAUUGGUGUUAUACCCCGCGUACCUGAUCCAGAGGAAGCGAUUGCCGCUUUGCCCAGACCUGAUUUGUCACAAAUGAUACCAUAUAAACCGAAAGUGAAUCCUUUGCCUGGCGAACAUCCGGUGCCAGGUGGUUCCUUUCCGUUACCACCAGCUGCAGCUCAAUUGUGCACCAUAUUGCCACCACCUGGCUGCUUCAGAGGCCCAUUCGUUGCUGUUGAUUUACUGAUGGAUGUCUUCAGUAGAAUUCAAUUGCCCGAUCAUGCUCCACUGCCAGUGGCGGAUAACGGAUGCGACACUAAGUUGUUUGAUCUUGCGAAAUCUGUGCAUUGGAUCGUCGACGAGAGUAAUGACGGCGUGAGCAUCGGAUCGAAACGGAGACGAACGCGUUUGGGUGGUGACGAUAGCGAGGAAGAAGAUUUGCCGCCCCCACCGAUAAACGAUAUUUACCGCCAAAGACAACAGAAACGAGUUAAAUGAAUGAGAGAAAUCAAUGGUACAUGGUAGAUAUAUAUAUAUAUAUAUAUAUGAAUGUAUAAUAUGUAUGAUGAUUCAUAAUAUCGUAAGAGUAUUUUUAUGAUUUAAUUUCUCAUUAUUGCUCGUUGAUGCAAGAAACAGACGUAUCAUUAACAUAAAACACACAUUACAUCUGUAAAGUUAUUAAAUUCCUUAUGUGACACUGUGCACGACAUUUCGAGUACUAUGUACUCAGAAACCUUAUCAUUGCGUCCUUUGGUUCUAUGUGUAUGCAAUUGUUUAUGGUUAAAUAUAUUUUUUUAAAUAUACUGAUAUAUCAGUUCAUAUACUAUAUAAAAAGAAAGAAAAUAGGUACUGCCUACUUAUAGAUAGGCGAAUUUCUGUGAUUUGUGUGUAAGAUCAACCAAGACUAUCUCAAGUUUAUCAGAUCAAAAAUAUGGUUAGACAACUGUAAUGAGAUUACACUAAAAUUAUCAUUGUACAAGACGAUGGACGCAAUUUCCUUAUAAAUUUUGUUUGUAAGUAUUGUCAACAAAUCGCAUUUAAUAUUUCUACUUUGUGAACAAACUUCUACGCCAAUAUUCAUUUAAGACUUAUGUAAUUUGUCGUACAGGACCAAUAAACGAUUAAUGUGAUACUACAUUAUCUCAUC